AUGGCGGCCGUAUCGUCCGCUAAUGCAGCAGCAAGCUUGGCGCUUUCAAAGACAAGCGGAUCGGUUGCCACAUGGGGUGCAGAGUCACCCAUUGGUAACAUCGCUACAAACAACGUGCUUCACUUGCCAUCGAGAGCCUACUGCACAGCGUUUUCAGCAGGACCUGCCGCUAAGCGAUCGCACAUCGUCGUCGUGGGCUUCGCCUCACCCGCCCACCGAUCGCCCGCGACGUCGCCCAGCGACGAUUCCUCACUCCCUUCAUUCGCCAGCGAUCGCACGCUAUUUCUUGCGAGUCCUCUUUCUGCGUCGUCUACGCACGGAUCUAAACUGACGCCUUUCGCAGCCGACGGCAACGCGACGACAGAAACCGGCGGCGGCGGCGGAAACGGCGCUUCCGGCGGCUCCAGUGGCGGCGGAGGCGGCGGAGGCGGCGGAGACGGCGGAGACGGCAGCGGUAAUGGCGGGGAUAGCGACAGUGAGAAGAACCGCGCGGACGCAUUGGCCGCGCUCGCCGCAAUUGGGCGCACCGUGCAAUCCCUCCCCGCUGAUCUCGCGGAGGCAGUUAUGGCGGGAAGAAUCCCCGGCAUUAUCGUGGAGCGAUUCGCGGCGUUGGAGAAAUCGCCGCUUCUGAAGCACUUCCUGGGUUUCGACGGGUUCAAGGAGCGUCUGCUAGCUGACGAUCUGUUCAUGACCAAAGUGGGGAUCGAGUGCGGCGUGGGUCUUUUCACCAAGACAGGAGCGGAGUACGAGAAGCGCCGGGAAAACUUCUUUAAGGAGCUCGACUUUGUCGUUGCUGACGUGAUCAUGGCGCUGGUGGCGGACUUCAUGCUCGUGUGGCUGCCCGCGCCCACCGUCGCCCUCCGCGCGCCUCUCGCCAGCAACGCCGGCAAAUUCGCGCGUUUCCUCUCCAACUGCCCCGACAACGCCUUCCAAGUGGCUCUGCGCGGAACGAGCUACUCUCUGCUCCAGCGAGUGGGCGCCAUUGUCCGCAAUGGCGCCAAGCUGCUAGGAGUGGGCACUGUAGCGUCUCUGUUCGGCUGUGGCAUGACCAACGCGCUCAUCCUCGCGCGCAAGAACCUGGCGGCAAAGCAAGCAGCGGCAGACGGCAGUGCGGUGGCGAGCGGGCAGCAGGAGGGGGAGGAGACCAAGGUGCCAAUUCUCGCAACCAGUGUGGCCUAUGGCGUCUACAUGGCCGUGUCCAGCAACCUCAGAUAUCAGAUCCUGGCGGGAAUAGUGGAGCAGCGUAUGCUAGAGCCCAUGCUGCACAACCAGAAGCUGCUGCUCUCCGUGCUGUCAUUUGCCGUCCGCACUGGCAACACCUUCCUUGGCUCCCUGCUAUGGGUGGAUUACGCGCGAUGGCGCUUGGCCCGCCACUCCGCCUUCCUCCUCCCCCAGUCGCCUUUGCCCCCGUCCAUUCUUUCCGCCAGUCCGUCCCCGCGCCCUUUUCUUUUCGAGGUUCCGCGCAUCCCUGCCGCCCCCGCCCCCGACUCCGCCUCCACCAUCCCUUUCCCGUUCGGGGGCAUCGAGAUUGCGGCGAGCGGAGGGAGAAUAUCGCGCGAGAGCGGAAGGGGUGGGCGGAACAGGCGGGGCAGGGGGAGGCGGAAUGCUGGGGGGAAAGGAAAAGGGCGCGGGCACAUUGUUGGGGGAUUCACGCUCACCGCUUUCCCCACCUCAGCUUCUGCAGGUAAAGUGGCGAGUAAGAAGGAAACGGAGAGAGUUCGGGAAAACAGGGAAGCCCGAGGGAAAUGGGCAGAAAAUGAAGCUUGUGCACAAAACGGGAGGAAACGGGGUGUAACCUCGCUUUCCCCUUCUUCCAUCUGCUCCACUCUCACGCCUCCUACUCUUCCCCGCUUCCUUUCUCCCCGUGCCUCUCCCCGCCUCUUCCCCUCACGCCUUCCCCUCGCGCCAUCCCCCCCACACUUCCUCUCCCCCGCCUCCCCUCCCCCUCUUCCCCCAGGUGCAUGUGUUUUUCCGCCAUGGCGCGGGAGUGCCCCUGCCCCACAGCAAGGCGCGCGUGCCUGUGUAUCGCCCCUGCUGCUCACCUUCCCACCCGCGCCUCCCCUCCUGCGCCUCCCCCUCCCCCUCUUCCCCUUCCCCCUUCUCCCCCAGGGCUGCCAGAGAGGAGGCAUACACGGGGAGUGGAGGGCUGGCCUUUCGGACAGCUCACGCAAACAGGUGAGUGGGAGGGGGGCAGAGAGCAGGGAGGGGAGUGGGGAAGUUUCCCGGGGUGGAGGAGCACGAGAGGCAGAGGAGCUAGGCAGGCGACUCAGGGAGGAGUAUGGAGCAGCACUGCUAGAGGGGCUGGUGGGAAGCCGUGAGGGAGAGAGAGGAGACGAAGCAGGAGGAGGAGGAGGAGGAGGAGGAGGAGGAGGAGGAGGAGGAGGAGGAGGAGGAGGAGGAGGAGGAGGAGGAGGAGGAGGAGGAGGAGGAGGAGGAGGAGGAGGAGGAGGGGAAGGAGGAGUGGGGAGUAGGGAGGGAGUAAGAGGAGGAGGGGGACGGGGAGAAGAAAUAAAUCUUAGGGAGCACCACGACAGAGGGGUGAAUGGAGAGGGGAGGAGGGACGGACACACAUGGGAAGAGGUGCUGGCAUCAGUGAUCCGCGUGCGAGCCACCAACUUUCCACGGACCUACCACACAGGUGCUUCCCAGGUGUUUCCCAGGUGUUUCCCAGAGCAUCUGUUUCCUCAUUCCCCCCUUGCAUCCCAGGCCGUGGACUUCUUGCACUGCUGCCAUCACCAUGGGGACCCCUUACCACCGCACAUCACACCUACUCUCAUCCACUCCAUCCGCUCCCUCAUCGCCCAAGACUAUGCCACACUCUACUCUUCAUCUCUCUUUCCCCAUUCCCUCCUCUCUCUCUCUCUCUCUCUCUCUCUCUCUCUCUCUCUCUCUCUCUCUCUCUCUCUCUCUCUCUCUCUCUCUCUCUCUCUCUCUCUCUCUCUCCUUUCUCUCCCUUCCUCUCCGUCCUCCCCUGUUCCACGCUUUACCAGUGUGUCCACCCAUUUCCGCCUUGCCAUGGGCCCUCUCCUGCAUGACCGUGCCAAGCGGAGAAGAGAAGCAGCAGAAAUUGCUGCCUCUCUAACUGUAUCCACGCUCACUCCUCCUCCUCCUCCUCCUCCUCCUCCUCCUCCUCCUCCUCCUCCUCCUCCUCCUCCUCCUCCUCCUCCUCCUCCUCCUCCUCCUCCUCCUCCUCCUCCUCCUCCUCCUCCUCCUCCUCCUCUCCACCCAUCACAACAUCUUCUCCCACCCCUCGUCUCUUCCUCUACUCAGCUCACGAUGUCACACUCUUGCCUCUUGCCGCGUCGCUCGGCAUUUCCUACGUCUCAUGGCCGGCCUAUACAUCAUCCAUCGCCGUUGAGCUAUGGAGCCAGCCCUCUCCCUUAA